AGCGCCUGCUUGAGAAAUGAAAUCCUGAGAUGGCCGAUUUAUUGAUGUUCAAACUCUUCAACAGUGUCAGGAGACCGUUGCGUGGCUGGUUUGAUGAAUUAGGCCUGAUAGUUACUGGGUGUGAUCAGAGCUUGCUUGUCAGUCAAAAUAUUUGAAAGCACAUGGAUGUGAUAAGAAGAAACAAGCAAAUUGAUAGCAUCAAAUACUUACUUUUGAAGUGUCAAGAUGGCAGCAGCUUGAUGUCUACAGUCAGCUCAGGAGAUGACUCAUCAAAGCUUGAUUCACAACUGGAGAGCUUGUUGGACACUACCAGUAAAGGCAGCAAGGCCCCAUAUCAGGAUCAACUGCUGGAUGACCUGGCGGCGCUCUCGGAGACGCGCGGCCGGCUGCGGGAGGCCACCCUGCUGAUGGACUCCAGCAUGCUCGGCGACUCCGAACAGCAGCUGCCAGGAGCCACUCUCCUCAGUGACCUGGUGAGCGAGAUUGACCAGCUGGGCGGCCAGCUGGCCCGGAUCGGCGAACACUCCGAGCUGCUCGGCUGGCGGCUGCUGGAGGACAAGUUCACCACCGGCCUGGACCUGCCGUACGAGCAGCACGGCGCCGUCAAGUCGCUGCUCAGUCGGAUGGCCGCCCUGAUCUCUGAGGUCAGCGAGAUAGAGCUGUGCUUCCAGAAGGCAGCUGGGUAUAAGCCACACCGGAAAACGAACGAGGGCUUAACGAAGGCCAUCCGCUCUCUGUCGGAGCUACGCUCCCAGCUGGAGAACAUCCAGACUCUGCGGCGCAGCUGCUGCACAGGUGUCCUGGCGGAGGCCAGCCCCACCUCGGCGUCGCUCCUACAGGACUCGGAGCCGUGACCGGCUGCAGGCGCGGCUGCGUCCGCGGCGGACGCGCGCGCGCGCUCAGA